AUGGCGGGACCCCUUCUCGAACCCUGCAGUAACUCUGCUGCUAGAGGAUUGGAACAAAUGAAUCUCCUUUCGAAAGAAACCGCUACACUUUCCAUUGCUGUGCUUGGUGCUUCUGGUGAUCUUGCUAAGAAGUCAUAUUCUGCUCUUUUCCACUUAUAUAUAAACAGCUAUCUUGUUCCAGAGAAAGGUGCUUCCUCUAAACAGUUAGAUGAUGUAUCGAAUUGGUUAGCUCCAGCUGUCUAUCACCUUUUCUCUCCCUCAGAUUCUGAAGAUGGCUUUUUCUUGUUGGAUAAAGAGAUUUCAGAGCAAGAAUAUUUGAAAAAUAGUAAACAGCGUUCAUCUCGGUUUAUAUGGUUUUAA